UUGCGGCGUUGACCACAUGCUCAAGUUGGAGCAUUAUUAUUUACUCCUUCCGUUCAACCAUCAGAUCAGCGGUUCCAAAGCCAUCCAAUCAUGCCUCAGUAGGAAAGUGUGAAAGUGGCGGAAGAGAGGUGGUGCUGCGUCUGCAGUUCUGCAUGCAUGGUGGGCAGCUGCCGGUAUCUUGGAGGCGGCAGAAAUGGCGAGGGAUCGACCAGAGGAAGUGCACCGAUGACAACAGGGUGAAGGUGGUAAGUGAUAACUGCAGCUUCAUGCACCACAUGCCCUAUAUACUGCUAGAUGGAUGAAAAGUUGCAUGACGUGAAUGGCAACUUUAUCCUCGUCUUGCCCCUGUUGACAUUGGGAAUAUAUCGGCUAGCUGUUCGUAACAUCUGGUUCUUGAGAAAGUCUCCACGCGAAUCGGAUACGUUCACAGUUCACACCAAUAAUAUCUCAUUUUAUUGGGUACAUACACUGGCUCGCAGCCCUGUGGGCUGUGGUACGUAUAUAUGCUCGUGUGCGUCGUCUCUCCUGCAGCUCAUCUUCAUCGUUGUUUCACCCCGACGACUAGACGAUGGCAGCACCCAGUCUCAAGCUCGCCGCCCUGUGCCUCCUCCUCGUCGUCACCCUCUCCUUGCUCCCUCUGCUCGCCCGCGCCGAGUGCGAGUGCGAGGCCGGCGGCGAGGAGGAGCAGGACAAGGCCGGCUCGCUGAGGCUCAGGAUCAUCGCCAUCUUCUGCAUCCUCGUGGCCAGCGCGGCCGGCUGCGCCAUCCCGUCGCUCGGCCGGAGGUUCCCGGCGCUUAGCCCGGACAGGGAUCUCUUCUUCGGCGUUAAGGCGUUUGCGGCGGGGGUCAUCCUCGCCACCUCCUUCGUGCACAUCCUCCCGGAGGCCUUCGAGCGGCUCGGCUCGCCGUGCCUCGUCGACGGGCCGUGGCAGAAGUUUCCGUUCGCCGGGCUGGUGGCCAUGCUCGCGGCCAUCGCCACGCUCGUCGUCGACACCAUCGCCACAGGAUACUUCCAACGCGCCGCGCACGCCAAGAAGGCCGCGGCCGUCGUCGGGGCCGACGACGUAGAGGCGACGCCGGCCCAUCACGGCCUUGUCGGUCACUCCCACGGCGUGUCAGCCGUCGUCGCGUCAUCGGCAGCGGCGGCCGACGACGGCGGCGCGCAGCUCAUCCGCCAGCGUGUCAUCUCGCAGGUGCUGGAGCUGGGGAUCAUAGUGCACUCGGUGAUCAUCGGCAUGUCUCUCGGCGCAUCCCAGAGCGCCAGCACGAUCAGACCACUGGUGGUCGCGCUAACUUUCCAUCAGUUCUUCGAAGGGAUAGGGCUCGGAGGAUGCAUCGUUCAGGCCAAGUUCCGGCUGAAGUCCGUGCUGCUGAUGGCGCUCUUCUUCUCACUCACCACGCCGGUCGGGGUCGUGAUCGGCAUCGGGAUAUCCUCUGUUUACAACGAGAACAGCCCCAACACCCUCAUCACCCAAGGGAUCCUCAGCGCCGCCGCCGCAGGGAUCCUCAACUACAUGGCGCUGGUCGACCUUCUCGCCGAAGACUUCAUGAACCCUAGGGUGCAGAGCAACGGAAGGCUACAGGUCAUCGUAAACCUCUCCUUGCUGCUUGGGACGGCUCUCAUGUCAAUGCUCGCCGUAUGGGCCUGAGAGAAGUCGUCCUUAAUAGCCGGAAGGAAAAAACUCCCGUUUUGAAGAACUUCUUUCGUUCCUGUUUUUGCCAUCUUUGUACCUUUUGCCCGUUUAUUUCUUGCUUGUAAGAAUGUACGUAGCAAGCAUACAUGUAUAGAUCAUCAAACUACAUGGAGGGUCUGGUCGUCUCUUCUCAUCCGUUCAUCCAAUACACAACACCACAACGAUUAAAAGUUGUACAAUGAGGCCA